AUGUCGUGGUCCGAAUAUGUAUCUGGCUCGAGCGGACUUAUGGCUCACUACGAUAAGAUCUCAGCCGGUGGAAUCUUCGGCCACAACGGCUCAACCUGGGCGCAGCAGGGGAUGGAUCACACCACUACUUAUUACAAUGAAAUUACAGAUAUCGUCCAGCUUUUCACUAACCCCAAGGAAGCCUACUCUAAGGGCUUCACUCUGAACAACCAGCAAUUCGUCCUGCUUCGAAUCCAAGACGAAAAGACCAUCCUUGCUCGUGGAAAAACACCAAACACUGCGCCCGUUACCAUCCAAAAGACAAACCAAGCAGUCGUCAUCGCCAUCGGAGAAAAGGACGCUCAGGCUGGUUCCAUUUCUACUGCCGUUGAUGGAGAAAUGUCCCUUCUCCUUAUCGUGACGUCUAUACGAUGUCAAAACCUGCCAAAAAAGAACUGUAAAUGUCACGUGAAUAUCUUCGUAGAAGAUGAGAGCUCCAAAUCGAUUCAGUCCGCGUCGACAAGUGUCAAAUCCGGGAGCAAUAAACCAGAAUGGCAUGAUUUAUCGCUCCCUUGGUUGAAAAUCAAUCCGCUGGUAAAAGUCAUCCUCGUUGUGAAAGAAAAUUCUUUCGCUGGUCGAAAUCUUCUCAAAGUCACCAUCCCCUUCGAAGACAUCGAAAGCGCCAGAAGAAGUGGAAAUGACGAUGUUGGAAAAGGAUCGCUAGUUGUUCGAAAAGGAGAGGCGUCAAUUAUGAUCACAUUCGAUCUCAUUGAACCAGAUCGCCCUGACGCGGCAAACACGAUUUCUCGCCGAGCAACUGGCGCUACCGCUCCUUCCAUCCGCUCGUCCGUAGAAACUCUGAAUUCUGCUCGCUCGUUGCACCAUAUUGACAACUCAGAAGAUCCAGAAACCUUCGAUUCUUUGGAAGAAAUGCUCGCGACGGCGAUACGAAGCUCCAGCGAAAGAGGCAACUCUUUUUCAGAAACACUUCUUCGCCAAUUUGAGUCGAUUUGUCUGUCACAAACUGACUGCCAGGAAAAAGAAGAACAAGAGGACGAAGAUGAGAGCGAGAAUGAUUCGGUUUUCGAGGAGCAGACAAAUAACUCAAGCGAGAAAAACAGAUCGGACUCGUAUCACAAGGCGAUGAUCGGAAGACCACAGCUGGAGACCGUCUCGCAUAGUCCUACAGUAAUGUCGCCUCUAACAGAAAACUUCACCAUUCAAAUCGAAAACGCCGGUUCUUUGUCCUUUCUCAAGACGCCGGAGUAUUUAAUCGUCCAAGAAGUGACCCAUGCGGAGCUAAAAUUCGGCGAUAGAAUUCACAAAAUCAACGGAAAAAGCGUCUAUGAGAUGCAGAGUCCUGAACUGGCGCUUGAAGGAGUGGUAGAAUUGGAAAUUGAAAGAAUCGUGACGAUAAAUGAACUGAAGACGAGAGCGUUCUCCAGUAGAAAGAAAUCUGCCGCGGCAGAGGGGAAGAAAAGAUCAAAACACAGGCUUUCGGUCAGCAGGAGAACGCAAAUGACAGCAAAAACGCCUUCAGUUGACGCCACCAGCGACCCCCACUCGUCUAGAAACCAAAUGCAUUCAUUCAAGAGCAGCACUAUGCGUCGCAGAUCCGUCCAGCGAAACCGCGCCACCGUCGUCCCCCAAUCCUUCACAAAACGUUAUGCAUCAAUGAAGCGCGCCAUGUCCCGGAAAAUCGAGCACAACAUGAUGUCCGAUCGCGACUAUCAUCUCCAAGUCAAAAAGUUCAUCCUAUCUGCCGACUUCUUCAAAGAGCUGGAAAAGAACGAAAACGCGCGUCAUUUCUAUCUUGAGAACUCGACGGUCCGGACAUUGGUGAAUCUGAUGCGGACGAAGGAGAAUUUCUUCCAGCAACAUUUGAGUACGCAGGCGUUUGUACAGUUUAUAAAUAUUUAUGUUCCAGAUAAUGCAAGUUUACCUCCAAGUUGGAUCGCCUUGAAAGACUCAAAGAAUCGAGAAUACUACGCAAAUAUAGAACUACACUUCACAACAUUUUUUCACCCAGCCGCAGUUCACGCACUGACUCCUUCAUCCUCACCUGCUUCUGAAAAUCUAUCCGAAUAUCACGCCUCAUCAAAUGGAGACAACGCACAAGAUUCGACGACGAACAGAGACACCAGCUCUAGAAACUCAUCAGACCCACUUUCAUACCCAGAUCAAGUUGUUAUCUUCCUCAACAAGCGUUCCAACGCUUACAUCGCUCAGAAAAUCCCCGCUCUUAAAAAUUCGCCAAUGACGAUGAAAGUCCUUGAGAAAAUACGCGCUGGAGGAGUGGCCGCCUUCCAUAAUCACGUGAACGCUGGCGGCCUGGCUCAAAUUUUAUCGGUUUUCCACGACGAAAUCAGUUCAAUCUCUCUGGGAACUCUCGAUCCAUCACGAGCUCCUUCCAUCGCCUCGACGAAGAGAACGACAGAAAAGAAGGAAAAGAUAACGAGUCCUUUUGAAAAGACGCUGUCUGAGUUUUACUCGAAACUCGACGAAAAGGGAUAUGGAAAAGGACCUGGGAAAAUCAAAAUGCCACUCGAAAGAGACUCAUUCGUCAGAGAUGCGUUUAAUUAUUUGAGAUACAAGUCGGUGAAACAGCUACAGAGGCAAAAACUGCAGAUAACUUUUCGAGGAGAAGAAGGUCUAGACUACUCUGGUCCAUCCCGAGAAUUCUUCUACCUCGUUUCGCACAACCUCUUCAAUCCUUAUUACAACUGGUUCGAAUACUCGGACGCAGACGACUACACAGUUCAGAUCUCCCGUCACUCCCUUUAUAAUUGCUCCCACGACAAAGAGAUGGUCUCCGCAUGUAAAGAAUGGUUCCGCUUCAUCGGACGCAUUCUCGGAUUGGCGCUCAUUCAUCGCUACUUGAUAGAUGCAUACUUUAUAAAACCGAUUUAUUCGCUUUUGCUGAAAAGAAAAUUGACACUGGAUGAUUUGAAGUUUUAUAAAAGCUUGAAGAGAACCCUGACUCCGGUGCAGAAAGGUUCUCGAGCACAGGUCCCCCCUUUCAUAUCAUCAACUCAGUAUAUGGAGGACAAUUCCAUCGACGACGCUUACCUCUUCAUGGACUUCACGGUCAUCGAGGAACGUUUCGGCAAAAAGGAAGUCAAAGAACUCAUCCCAAACGGUGCCGAAGUAGAAGUCACUGAUGCGAACAAACACGAAUACAUCGAGAAACUCGUCAAUUGGCAUUUCUAUGACGGUGUUCGGCCGCAAAUCGCUGGCCUUGUGCAUGGGUUCAAUGAAGUUGUUAAUGUUAAGAUGCUGGAAAAGUUUACUGCUUCGGAUUUGGAACUAGCGUUGUGUGGAACGCAGGAGAUUGACUUGCAGGACUGGAGGAGUCAUACAGAGUACCGAGGAGGAUACUUUGACUCCAACGAUACAGUCGAGCUCUUCUGGAAAUACCUCGAAGAACUCGACCACGAACACCGACUCAAAUUCCUCCAAUUCGUCACCGGCACUUCUAGCAUCCCUUACGAAGGCUUCUGCGGUCUCCGAGGACCAAACGGCCCAAAACCCUUUUGCGUCGAACAAUGGGGCACGAUCAAGGAUCUUCCAAGAGCGCACACUUGUUUCAAUCGGAUAGAUUUGCCGCCAUACGCGACCAUGGCUCAGCUGAAAUCAAAAAUCGAGCUGGCAAUCCACGAAUGCGCAGAAUUCGGCCUUGAAUAA